CGACCUGGGAGUGAGGCAGAACGGUGAGCGCGUGCACCACGUUCAGCUGCCUCCCUGGUGCCACGGCGACCCGCGCAUCUUCAUCCUCAUCCACCGGCAGGCGCUCGAGUCGGAUCACGUGUCGCGCAAUCUGCAUCACUGGAUCGACCUCGUGUUCGGCUCGAAGCAGACUGGCAAGGCUGCCGUGCAGGCUCUCAAUGUGUUCCAUCCUGCUACGUACUUUGGAGUGAAAGUCGAUGCCAUCCGCGAUUUGACGGAAAGAAUAGCAACAGAAACUAUGAUCAAGACGUACGGACAGACGCCGCGACAACUCUUCAAGAACGCACACCCGCAGCGCCCUCUAAACCGCACCGCCACCGAGAAACAGAUGCUGGGUCCCCUCCUCGUGUACAUGGACUUAAGUGGGGCACCUACGUAGGCUCCCCCCGACUCGCAGAUCCUCUGCUCAUAUCCCACCAUAAAUACCAAUCGGCCGCCGCGUCACUUAUCAGCCUGCCCUCUGGUGUCGUCUGCGGAGUAGGUCCCAUGGAGACUGUCAUCUACAGACAGGAGAAGAACAGUUCUGGGGUGACAAUGAUAUUCAACCUGGCCAAGGUUAGUUGGAUGUACCCGGACAACAUCAUUAGAGUCAAGCAGCUGCGAGAGCAAUCUACUUCCAAUCUCCUGCAGCAUGACUGGCAUGACAAGAUGGUGUGUGGCUGCACUGUGGGUGGUUACAAGCAGCUCAUACUGGGUGGUCAGACAGGAGUGAUCACUGUCUACAGACUCAGCUACAGCCAAACAAAGCAGGGGGAGGUAGCGGUGUGUGGGCAGCCUGUGAGAUUAUACGGCCAUGACAGCAGGAUCACAGCCGUGUAUGCCUGUGAACAGUUCAGUGUUGUCGUGACGGCAGAUUCUUCCGGCGUCUGUAUCGUGUGGGACACCAACAGACUCAGCUACGCACACAGCUACAGAGCGCACCACGGCGUCGUGAGAGCGGUAUCGGUGAGCAGCACCCUGGGAUACAUCGCCAGCGUCAGCCACACCGGAUUGUUGAGCCACCUAGCUGUACACAACAUCAAUAGUAAACACGUUGGCUCCAUUGACACGGAACUUGCAAUCAACUGUAUUUGCUUCUCGACGUCACCAGAGGGCACUGCGAUCAACAUCAUCGCAGCUGGUAUUGAAGAUGGCUCUAUAAGGAUGUGGAACACGUGGGACUUGCAGCUAGUCAGAGCAAUAUCGUCGCCUGCAAGCAGCCUACCAUUAAUAAGCUUGAUAUUCUCCAAGGACUCCCAUACUCUGUAUGCAAGCAACACGGAUGGUCGUGUGUUUGUGUGGCAUCGAGCGGGGCGCACUAAGGACCACCCUGAGUCUAACUUCAUGCCUCUCAUGUGAUCCCUCAUAGGAGCGUAAGGGACACGCUAAAACACUGCAGUGAUUCAGACUAUAUGUCUCUCUCACAUGUGAUUUCUCGUAUAGGUGUGGGGACACACUAAAAACCGCCACGAGUCUAACUCUACGCACCUCAUGUGAUUCCAAUUGUAUAGAAGCGCGAAGCACAUCUCUAAGAGAAAUGUCAGCUUAGUGAUUAUAGUGGGCUUGUGUACAGAAUCCGGUACUGAAUGGUACAGGAUGGUACGUUACUGACGAAUCAGUGUAGGGAGUGUGCAGAUAACUUUUGCAAUAUAAGAUAAAUUACACUAGGUAGACACGUAGGUGACACUGACCAUAUCCAAAAUGAGAUAAUCUAAUAAGUAAUAAACACCGAUAAGGUGUUGUCGCAACUACGUUUCCAACUUGUGCAAUCGUUGGGAACGUUAUAAAACAGUUUUCGUGAAAUGUAAAUAUCACUUUUGUCAGUCCCAAGAAACGGUCGUUUAUCAAAAGACUGUCUAUAUGUUAUAUCAAGAGCUAAUAAUACCUUGGUAUUAUUAGCUUUUGGUUAUAUGAUAAUGUAGAUGUUUAGUCUUCCGAGUGCAUGUCUGCUGGCUGCGCUACACAGAUAUUUAACAGAUAAUGCUCUACAACCUUUUUCUUAGUAAAUACUUGAAAACUUUGAGUCUCUUUGCCGUGCUCAGAGUUACUGUAACGAGACAAAGUGCCUGGUGAGGUAGAAAUUUUUUAUUUUUAGUUUCACUAUCUUGCCUACAUGUUAUAAUUGCGCGUUAUAUAUUCCACAGUUGACUGCUCAAUGUACUAAAAUCAAAAACGGUGUGUUAUUAUUAAUAGUAUAAAAACUGUAUAGCAAACUGUCAGUUCAUGUGUAUAUAGCGAACACAUUCAAAAUCUCCAUUAAACAUAGAGAUUACAUUUUUUCAUUAUGUUGAUCUUUCAAGAACAUUGUGUCAAUUCGUCAUGUCUUUUGUGCCAGUUUUUCACCAGGAUUUACAUGUUUUGUUAUAUAAUUAAUUAAUUAUGCAGAACGAUAUACUGUAUCUGCAUGAGUACAUUACUGGACUGUGAAGUUUGCUUUCUUAACAGAUAUAACAGUUAUAACAGAUAUCUGAUUGAUUGCUUUCCUGUAAUGAUAUAAUUUGUAAUGUUAAUUUGUAAAUUUAGACAUUUGUAAAACAUUCUUUAUAAAAUGUCAAGUAGCAUUUACAAUACACGUUCAUAUAUAGUAGGCCCGCUAGUAUGAAAACAAUUGUUAUAUGCACCAAAUCUGUGAAUAUAGUGAUAGAUAAUUGUAUAACACUAUUAAAGUUUGUUAAUUACUAGCUAAAAUUAAAACUAAUUUGUGGUUGAAAUAAAAAAUAUUUAAUAAAAUGCAUGUGCAUUUCAACACAUUGAAAAAA